CAGGUUCUCGCCAUGCUUGAUCACCCGCAUGUCCUGCGCCUCUACGGGGCUGUCGACGACGACGAGAACGUCUGCAUCGUCACUGAGCUUGUUCCCGGCGGAUCUCUCUUCGACCUUAUCCAUACCAAGCCCCUCCUCCGCCCUGCGGUCAUCGUGAUAGGAGGAGGCGUCUGCAAGGGUAUGACUUACCUUCACUCCAUGGGCGUCAUCCACCGCGACCUCAAGCCCGGCAACCUCUUGAUGGCUGCCGUCCAGUCUCCUGCUGGACCCCAGCUUGUGGUCAAGGUCGCAGACUUCGGGUUGGCUCGGGUCCAGGACUCGACGAGGACGAUGACGGGAGGCAUCGGGACCUCCCAGUACACGGCCCCAGAGGUGCUGAGGAGCGAGAGGUACGACAGCAAGGUGGACGUUUACAGCUUCGGCAUCAUCCUCUGGGAGAUUCACGCGAAGAGGCUUCCUUACAGCGACAUGAACCAGAUGCAGAUAGCCGUCGCUGUUGCUACCCAGAACCAUCGUCCUCCUCCUCCCCCCAACUGCCCUGCUCCUUUCUGGCAGCUCAUGCAGAGCUGUUGGAACUCCAGACCUGCAGAGAGACCGUCUUUCCCAGAGGUUCCUCCUCCUCCGCGAUCAUCACACGGCACACGUUUCCUUCUUCCUCCUCCUCCAUCUUCUCCUGCAACUUUCCAUCCGCUCCUUUGCUUCCUCGAUCUCUUCCCUGCCAGCUUCUGA